AAGGAAAGGAUAUUCCACCAGAACUAGCAGAAAAGAUUCAGGCUAGCAAAGUAAAAGCGGAGACUGCUCUACAAGAUUCUACACCAAAGGCAGCAGGAGGAAACUUGGAGCAGAUGGAACUCCUAAAGGCCAAAAUUAAACGACAGGAAGAACUGUUACAAAAAUGCAAGGAGUCUAUUCGAAAUUACAAAGAAAAAGUUGUUCAGUUAGCUGCUGAAAAACAGGAACUCUUAGUUAAACUUGAGCAGAAGGGAGAUAACAGUAAUAGUAAUACCUCCCAGCUUGACUUAAGCAAACUCCAAGGACAGAUCAAGGAGGCAAGAACAGUUAUCCAGCAGCUUGAAUCGGAUCGAGAAAUUGCCAUUGCACAGGUCAAACAACAGGUCCAUGAGGAGAUGGAGAUCAAGGACAAAGAACUUUCUCAUGCUAGAAAUCGAACAGAAACCUUACAGCAAGAGAAUGCAUCCCUACAGGCUUCACUUCAAAAAAUGCAGGAAGAUAUUGAAGGUCUUAAAAAAACAAACUUUGAACAGCUAGAGAAGGCUCGGGAAAUCAUCAAGCAGCUGAAGGAGGAGAAGAAUCGAUUAGUGAAAGAGACGCAGGUCAGAGUUCAGCAGACAGAACAGGUCAUGGAGGAAGAAAAAGAAAAACUUGUACAAGAGUUGUCAAGGGGCAAAGCUGCAGCAGUGUCCUUGAUUCAGCAAGAGUCAGAGAAGCAGCUUGGAGAAAGGCUGUCAGCAGCUAUUGAGGAAAGAGAUAUCUUCUGGCAGGAAAAAAUGGCUGAGUUGGAAAGGUCCCAUGCUGAGCUGCUGGAAAGUAAGGAAAAAGAGCGAGAUCUUGCCGUCCGUACCAUACAAGAUGAACUGCAGCAGCGGUUAAAAGAGAAGGAAGAGGAAGUACACCUGGCCAUUGAAGAAAGGGAACUGCAAAAGAUGGCAGCAGUCUCAGGACUUGACCAGCAGAAGGAUGAUCUCCUGCAGAAGAUUGAGCUCCUCAACUCUGAGAAAAUUAAACUUACUAAUGAGCUAAGCAAGUUGCGUGAGGAUGCUAGCAUCAAAGAGAGCAGACUUCAACAAGAUGUGGAAGAGCUAAACAGUGCCCACAAUACAGCAGUUGAGAAACUGAAUUUGAAGCAUGCCAAGGAAAUUGAUGAGCUGCAUCAGCAUUCAGAACACUUGCUGCAGGUUCGGCUUGAGGCUGUGGUCCAAGCACAUACAGAACAGCUGCAAAGAGCUCAAGAUCAGCAUGAUGAAGCCUUGCAAAAAUCUAGUGCUGAACUUGAGUCUUACUACCAGAGUCAGCUGCAGUCUGUGAGACUGAGCAUGGAGCAGCUUUUGUCAGAAAAAAAAUCCCAAGUUGAAAACCUAGAAGGCACACUUUCAGAUCUCACCAGCAGGCUGGCACACACUAUUGAAGAUUUUGCACAGAAAGAGAAGGAAUUCUCAGAGAAGGUUGAUGCCUAUAAGGUACAAAUAACAGAGUUGCAGGCUACGCUAGAUGCCCAAACAGAGGGCAACAAGAAGCUGGAAAAAGAAAUGGCAAAUCUGCAGACAGAAUUUCUGGAGAGCAAAAGCUGCUUUGAAGAUCAGGUAACUGAGCUGAAGUCGCAGCUUGAAGUACAAGAAUUAUCCCUGAACGAAGUAGGAGUGGAAAACCAGAAACUUAAAGAGCAACUGAGCAUCCUGCAAGAGAGUAAUGCACAGCUCACAGACCAACUCACCAUCAGCCAAAGAGAGACUGGCACCACGUUACAAGAUUCAGAAGAUAAACAAUCAGAGUUGAAUCAGGCAGUUCAGGCCCUCCAGGCAUUCACAGAAGAGCUUGCUAAAAAUCUAAAAGCAAAGGAGGAAGAAGUGGUGGUUUUGAAACAACAAAUUGAUUCAGCCUUAGCAGAAAACAACCAAAGCAGGCAGGAGAUGCACACAAAAGAAGAAGCCAUCGUUUCAUUGCAUGAGCAGCUCAGCUACCUCAGGGAAGAAAGAGAGAAAUUAGAAGCUGAAUGGCAGCAGAAGGGAAGCAGUGCCAUUGAGAAAGAGAACAGAAUUGCAGAGCUAGAAGUCACAGUGCAAGAAUUACAAGCCUCCAUUUAUUCCAGCAAGCAACAGCUUGAUGAAGCACAAUCUUCUAAUGUCACCCUUCUUGAGAAAAAAGCUCUUUUGGAAGCCCAAAGUUUAGACCUAACUUCUCAGUUGCAAAAUGUGCAGACAGAGAGAGAUAUGCUCUUGAACGAAAAGGCUGAACUGGAGGCUCGUUUAACUGAGAAGGAGACUUGUAUACAGCAACUAAAGGACGGAUUUUCUCGCCUACAGGCCUGUCAGCAUGUAGUAGAAUCUGAAAAGACAAAUUUGGAGACAAAAUUGGAAGAACUGGAAAAGAUUGUUACAGACCUGAAGCAGGCCAAGCAGGACUUGAGCCAGAGGCUUCAGGAUGGUCAUGCACUGCUGGCCACACAGGCUGCUGCCGAGAAAGAGGAACUAGAUGCUCAGCUGCAAGAGCAAGACAUAAAGGUAUCAAAUAUGGAGAAGAAAUUAGCUUCCAAAGAUGAUGAAAUUCUGGCACUUCGCACUGUUAUUGAUGACAAUUCAGCCUUUAUUAAAGAACUGGAGACAAGACGAGAUGAACUUGAGAGAGAACUAAACAAAAAAAAUGCUCACAUUGAGGAAUUGGGCACUAAAUUCUCUCAAAGUCAAGAAAAAUACAAUCAGCUGAGGACAGAGGCAAAAACUAAGAUAAAAGACUUGAGAGAGGAAAAAGAACAACUUAUUGCACAACACAGCCAGCUAGUGUCCCAAAAAGUCCAAGAGAUGGAAGAUUUCUUAAAAGAAAGAGAUUCUAUUGCCUUUAAACUUUUAGCACAAGAAGAGGAGCAACGACGCUUAGAGGUAAGUUUCAAGGAGCAGUUUGAAGAGAGGCAAAUCAAGUACAAAGAAACACUGGCUAAAGUGAAGGCUCGAUUUGAGGAGAUCAUCAAACAAAAGGACAGUGACUUUGAGCAGAAAAUUCAGGAACUCAUGGCUCAGAAAGAGACCGGAGCAGAGGAUCUCGCCCGUAGCUUAGAGGAACUCAAGAAUAUCCAGCUUCAGGAGCUACAAAACAAGCACAGCAGAGAGAUGCAGGACAUCAUUCAGGAAUGGGAGAACAAACUGCAGGAAAAUGUGGCACUUCAAGAGAAGCACAACACUGAGCUUGUGGAAAAAGACAGCCUUGUCCAGAAUCUUCAAGAAGAGCUGAAACAUUCUUGUACAAGUCUAGAUCAAGAGCUCCAGGAGAAGAUCAGAGUAUUGCAUGAAAAAGAAUGCCUGUUGCAAGAGACCCAACAGAAGCUGCUGGAAGUGAUGGAGACACACCAGCAAGAGCAGCAUGAAAAGGCCCUUGAGGUCCAUGAAUAUAAAGAGCUGUGUUCUCGAUUACAGAUGGAGCAUGCCUCCAUGGAAGAGAUGCUGAAGGCUGUCAAUGAAUUAGCUCUCAGCAAGGAUGAACAGAUCAGCUCUCUCACUACCCAGCUUUCGGAUGCUUCACAUUCUUCAUCUAGUCAACUGAAACAACUGCAGACUGUGAUGGAAACAAAUUCUACAAGUUUGAAACAGCUAGAGGCAGAGUUGGAAGCAGUGAGAAUGAGCAAAGAGACUGAGUUGGCUGAAGUUCAUCAGCAGUACAAUUUGAAAAUAAGAGACAUCCUGAGCAAGAGUGAAACUAAUGACAAAGAAUUGCAGCUCCAUUUGAAAGAACUUAAUGAAAAGCUUACAGCCACAGAGGAACGGCUACAAGAUUGCAUCCAGAGUUAUGACAUCCAGAUUGAUGACUACCGGCGAAAGAUAGAGCAGAUAGAAUCUUCAAAACAAGAAGAGAUUACCAUUCUACAGCAGCAGGUACAAGAUGCACAAGCAAAGACUGAUGCCUUGUCGGCAGAGCUGCAGAAGGUUUGUGAGGGAGAGGGAGUGCUUCAAAAGCAGAUGCAAGAGCACCAGGCAGCCCUGGCUGCACAGGAUCAGGCAUGGCAGGAGAAGAACAAAGAGUUGAAGUUAAAGUACUUGGCUAACUUGAAGGAGCUCAGCUCACAAGGGGUCGAUGAACUUAAGAAGCUGCAGGAAGAACUUGAACAGGAAAAGCAUGAAAAGGAGGCAGUGUCUAAUGAGCUUACCAGAGCCAAUACUCGCUUGUUGCAGCUUGAAGAGUCCAGUGGCUUGUCUCAUGAAACCAUAACUGACCUAGAGAAAACAGUCAAAGAACAGCAGAUAACUAUUGCAGAGAAAGAUAGUGACAUAGAGCAACUCAAGCAGGAAUACCAAGAUGCUCUUAAACAUCUCAAACAGGACCUGUCCAACAAGGAUUCAGAACUGGAAAAAGUGAGGUUUGAUUCUGAAGAGUCUGAAAAAGUAUGCUCUCAGCUGAAGGAAAACAUAGAAUGGCUAAACCAGAGGCUGAAAGAAAUUUCAGCAGAAAAAGACACUUUCCAGAGUGAUAAAGAUACUGUGAUAGAAAGUCAGAAACAGGCCUUGGUGCAGGUAGAAGCACGCAUCUUGCAGCAACAGGCAGAAGUGGAGCAAUGGCAGAAGAAGGCUGCAGAGUUGGAAGAACAGCUUUCAGAGGUCCGGCAGCUGUUCAAGCAAACCCAAACCUCUCAGCAGGAAGAGCUGGAUGAACUGAACCAGAAGUUGGAUGCUUCUGAAGUAGAGAAAAAAGAACUGACUGUGACAGUCCAGGUACUGCAAGGGGCCCAUCGGGAGCUGGAGGUGAAGUUACAGCAAGCCAGUGAAGACUGCACUAACUUGAAACAGUCCUCAGAAAUGAAGAGAGAAAUUGAGGAGAAACUGAGUGAAGUGCUACGUGAGAGUCAGACUGUGAAACAGGAUUAUGAGGCCCGCAUUAAGCUUUUGCAUUCUGAGCAUGCUGCAGUGUUAGAGGAGCUGACAAACAAGUAUGAGAGCGAGAACAACAGCAAAGUGUCUGAUUACAAGAAACGGGCGGAAGUGUACAUUGCUCAGGUAAAAAAACAGCUUCUUAGUGAAAAGGAAGUGGCUGUAAAUGAACAGCUUGCUAUAAUAUCCAAGUUAAACAAUGAAGUUGCUGCUCUUAGGUUACAUGUUGGUGAAUUGACAGCAGCCCAAGAAGUGACAAUGUCUAACUGUGACAGCAAACUUAAAGAACAGUCAGCACAACAUGAAGAAAUGCUGUUGAAAAAUCAGUCUGUGAUACAUGAACAAUCUGUGAAGAUUUCUCAGCUAGAAAACCAAGUGUCUGAACUGUUCCUCCAGGUGGAUAAUUCUAGGGCUGAACAGUUGUCAGCUCAAGAGAAGCUUCGGGAAGUGGAACUCUCGCAUCAGAUCUCGACAGCAGAAACUUUGAAACUGCUAGAAGAGACACGUAGCCAGAGGGAUUUUUAUCAGAAGGAUCUCGAGAGGCUGAAAUGUGACAAAGAUGAUGAGCUUGACACUAUAGAACAACAGAGGGACACAAUGUACAAACAACUGACCAUGACAUAUGAACAGAAGCUGAAGGAGCAGGAGGAAGAACAUAUGUCCAAAGUAAAGCAGCUUGCCAAAGACCUCAACAGGCAGCUCUUGGACAAGGAGCGGGAGUUUGAAGAAACUCUGCAAGAAGCAAUUGAAAAGAGCGAACGGGGUGAGGCAGAUUUGCUGCAAGAACAUCAAGAAGAGAUCAAGGACUUGAGGAAAAUGCUGAAAGAGAAGGAAGUUUUGCUGGAAGAAUUACAGAAAGAGUAUCAGGCAAAAAUGGAGGAACAAGCCAAAAAUUUAACAGAAUCUAUAACCAGCCUGCAGAAUGAGCUGUCAACUAUAACCCAGCAUCACCAAUUGGAGCUAUGGGAACAGCAAGAGCGUUUGAAAGUCCAAAGUCAGCGUGCUCUGCAGUCACGCAGCACAGCACAUCAAGAGGAGGUUACUGCACUCAUGAAGGAGUGGAAUCAAGAACGAAAGUCUGCCGUGCCCAUUGCUGAGUCGUAUGCUCCUGGUGGUGCCAUCUCAGAGGAACUUGUUCAGCAAAAUCAGACAGCACUGAUGGCUGUGCAAGGAGGCUCAAGCAGUGAGGAGAUUCUGCGACAACAGGUUGUCAAACUGACCAGGCAGCUGGAAGAUUUAAAGGAAAAACACAAGUUAGAGAUAGCAGAAAUGCAUAGCAACAUGGAACUGGCAAAAGGUGUUGUACGCCCCCUUGUAGCAGAGUAUACACCUAGAACAUUUGAUCCAGACGAUCCCAACCUUUUUUCAGAAUUACAGAACUUAGAGCUGAAUAAUAUGGACUUGCAGGCUCAGUUGCGCCAUUUGAAUGCAGAAUUGGCACAAAGCAGACUUAGGGAAAAGGACAUGCAACAACGUAUGGAUGUGUUUGAACAUCGCUUACGAUAUGGACACAGAGAGGAUGACACUCCACCCUUAAGUUUGGAUGGUUCUCUUUUGUCUCAUGAAGACUCCUCACUUUUGAGGGAAGCCACAGAAUUUGAAUAUUUGAAGAACAUCCUUUAUGAAUAUAUGAUGGGCAAGGAAACAAAGACACUGACCAAAGUUAUUGCAACAGUGGUGCGAUUCUCAGAUGAACAGACAAGGAAUGUUCUGGACAAAGCUGAGUCACGAUCGGUACGCUUUCGACAUCGUUUCAUUCGCAAACCUUGAUGAUUGCCUUUUGCAGUCUUGUUCCUGCUAUUUAAAGAAAGGCAUUUUCUUUCUUGUGAAAUUGCAUUAAACUCUGUCGGACUUGCUUAAUGUCUUUGCUUCAUAUCAUGAACAUGUACUACCUUAGAACUUCAGAAAGCAAAAUAAUUUACACUUGGUAGGUUCUCAAAAAAAAAGCUAGACAUAUAAAAGGCAGAUCUUACAGCCAUGUCACAUUUACUGUUGCAACGGAGUGUUUUCAAGAGGCAAGUAAAAUAUUUUCACGUUGUUAAUAAAAUAGCAUUUCUAAAAAUGCUACCUGGUGUAUUCCAGUCUUUAUGGUUAAAAUGCAGUUUCUAAAUUUUGUAAUACCCUUUGCACCACCUCCAAUUGUACAUGGUUUUUUGCCUUGGGUUUUAAAAGCAUGAGGUAUGCAGAAGACACUAUUCUAGAAAUAAGGAAUUCACACUUAGCUUGAGACCAUUUUGUUCAGCUAUUCAGUUGGCUUCAGCUAUUAAUAAUUAUUUCAUCUGCAGUACUUGUGAUUAUAAGAAACGAAAGAGUCCUGUACACACCACCUCCUCUCAAUUCCUCUUACCCAUCCCAUCCCUGCUCAAAAAAGAUCAUACAAAAACACACAUGCAUAAAGAAAUUAGUUAAGUAGAUGUAUAAUGUUGAAUGGUGUCAGUCUUUUUAUUUUUAAAUGUUUUUUGACUC